AUGUUUUAAGCAGAAAAAGGUGCCAAUGCUAUCCCUGGAUAUACAGGGUAAUGAUAAUAUAUUUAUUGAAUUUAGAUUCAUACCAAGCCAAGAUUAUGAUUAAGAUUUAUUACAAAUUUAAGGCAAUAGAAAUCACAUUCCAAGUAUCUUGAAUAAACUUAUUAUCCAGAUUAUGCAGGGUUUGUUCCAGGUAUUCGGUCAGAAAACCUAUUCGGAAAGACUUUCGGAAAAAUUACUUUACUUUCAAGCACUCACGAACAUCAUAGAGGGUAUAAUCUCAAUCUGUAAUUCAAGAUCUGAUUUACCUGCAGACAUUAGGUACAAAAGCGAAGUAAAAGAGGCUUAUUGUGAUCAACGAGAAUAAAGAGGAAGAGAUAUUAAUCUAUAUGGAAAAUUAGACCCAGAAACAUCAGUAACUGUUAUUUAUACUAUUUUUUUAGAAAGCUCUUUCCUAUACACUAUCCAAUCUAACUCACUUUGAAUAAACUAACAUUCUUCCAAAAAGAUGUAAUUAUCUCUUUUAAUACUUAAAGGUGACUCUAAGGAGAGACAGAGUAAUCUAACUUAUGAAGAAGCAUUACAAAAAUUAAAAUGAUU